UGACGUCCCGAUCGGGCGCGACUUCCGGUUUUGGUUACGCCUUUCCAGCAUUUGCGGACAGCGUUGCACACCUUGCAGGUGGACAGAGAUGGACUCAAAAGUUCAGGAAGAAAUCCCUGUACAUGAGGAAUUCUUUCUCUGUGGUGGAGUUGAAACCCAGAUUAUAAAAUGUGGGCCCUGGACUAACCUCUUUGAUGAACAAAGUGUCACCAAGCCAAAACUGCUUAUCUUCAUUAUUCCUGGUAACCCAGGCUUCUCUCCCUUUUAUUUGCCAUUUGCAAAGACCUUGUAUUCUUUGACGAAAGGCCGCUUCCCAGUCUGGAUGACCUCUCACGCUGGGUUUGCUAUGGCUCCCAAAGAUAAGAUUCUUGCAUCACCAGUUGAGACAAAUGCUCAGGAAAUUGAGGAUGUCUACGGUCUGAAUGGUCAAAUAGAACACAAGCUAGCCUUUCUCAGAGCUCAUGUGCCAAAGGAUGUGAAGCUGAUACUCAUUGGCCACUCCAUAGGCAGCUAUAUUGCUCUUCGGCUCAUGAAGCAUGUCCCUGAGCUGCCUGUCAUCCACACCUUCCUGCUGUUUCCCACUAUUGAGCGGAUGGCGGAGACGCCCAACGGCAGACUUGCUACUCCAAUUUUAUGCUGGUUUCGGUAUGUGCUCUAUGCUGCCAGCUACUUAGUCUUUAAACCAUGUCCUGAAAUAAUAAGGUCCUUCAUAACCACAAAAGCCCUUCAAAGACUGAACUUUACCUGUGAAAUUCCUGUGAAGAACGCUCUUCAGCCGUUCUGCCUGGCUAAUGCUGCCUACCUCGGGAGCCAAGAAAUGAUCCAUGUGCGGAAGAGAGAUGAUGAAAUCAUAAAGGAACAUUUACCUAAGCUGACAUUUUACUAUGGUAAAACAGACCGCUGGUGUCCAGUAAAGUACUAUGAAGACAUGAAGAAAGAUUUUCCAGAAGGCGAUAUCCGACUCUGUGAGAAAGGAAUAGCACAUGCUUUUGUCCUCGGCUUUAACCAGGAGGUGGCUACCAUAGUUGCUGACUGGAUAAAUAAUAAGCUGCCCAAAAUAUAAACGCUGGCUCAGGGGAAACGCACCUACAGCCAGUACAUGGGGGUGAAUGUCUAAUCUUAAAGCUUGAAAAGGAAAGGUGAGAUCCUCUUGGCUAACAGACCACCAGCUCCCAGAUUCCUGUGCUUACACUAAAGUGAACACAGUCUAUGACUCUUUCCACGUCUUCCCUAACUCAGGAAACACAGUCAUCUCCCCAAUGAUUCCUCUGUUUACAAGAAGCCCAACAGCACUGUGCGGUGCAGUUUGCCCAACAUGAUCCGUACAAGCUGCAGAAAUUGUAAAUAUAGGUGAUUCCCAUUGAGUUACUGCUUUAGAAUUGCUUGUCCUGGAUGCAAUUAUGAAACACAUACUAGAAAAUGAAAAGCCACCCAUGAAUGUGAAGUGUGUGUCAGGUGUGUGAAAUGUUAAGACAGACAAGCACACCCUCCUCUUCCAGUUCCCAGGAGCAAUGAGCAGGGGACACUGGCAGUGAACUUGACUUUCCCUUCAGAUACUGGUUAAAAUCAGUCCAGACCUUGUGCAGAUCGUGGCUGAGGUCAUCAGCAUGUCUUCCUGAUCCUCCCGCAGUAACCAGGAAUCAAGGUUGCCUGACAUGUAUCAACUAACUAGACACAGUUCCUGACUCUGACCUGGCCCUGGAUGGCUAGCAGACUCCUCCUGAACCUUAAAAUGCCAGUUCCCUGCAGGCUUCUCUAGAGCAAGAAAGGAGGGAUGGACUGUCCACAUCAGAUGUGUAAGGCAGUGGAGUCGCUCAUGGGUGUGAAUCUUCCAAUGGAGCUCCAUGGACAGGAAGCAGUGAACCACUAACACCAUUCAUGAUGCCGUUCACUACCCUAUGGUCCUUCCGAUUUGAAAAUCUCCUAGAACAUAAUUUUUGCAAAGGUUAUAAAUUGUUGAGUAAAACUUUAACAUAAACUCAUUCCCCACUUGCCUAAACUUUGUUGAUUUGGAAGAAAUUUAUGAGUGAACAGAAGUAAUCCAUUAAAUUUUGCAUUUCUUCACCUCUGAAAACAUACUCCUGGCUGAGAAGGGGAGGAACUGCUAUGCUGCCUGCUCUUAAUUGACUCAAUCCUAGAAUUUCAGACCCAGUAUUCCCCAUGGUCUGUAGUGACAGUGACCGUUGAUGCAUAAUUGUAAGUGUUCCAUUUUCUUCUAGAGAAAAGCUCUCAUAGAAGUAUCAUUCCUCAUGGUCCUUCCUCUCAAAAACCUAAGAUGCUGGUGAAAGCUUUGGUUUGAAGUACCGCCAGCUCGGUGGUGAGUGAUGGAUGAAUUUCCAUCCUCUGCAUGGCUUCUGUAUUGGAGCUCUAACUUCUCAGAGGGGAAAAGCCAAACUCCAGACAGUGAGUGUCUUAGUCCAUGUAGAAGACCGUUAGCUACACAGUGAGGUUCCAUGCUGCACACAAGUCCUCGCUGGCAUCUGCACACAGAGGCCUUCUGGAGAGCUGACCUGGGAAGCCAGGAGUCAUGCUCUGAGCCCCUUGCAUAUAGGACAGGUCCAGUCAGUGGUAAGAAAUCAAUGCAUAGGAACAAGUCCUGGUGAGUCAGUGCUCCUGGAACAAAAUGGCCUUCAGGAUUGCCUCAAGAAUGAUUCUCCGUUACUCUGUUUUCCAGACUUCUUAAAAGACCCAGUGCCUCAUUCCCAUUCCUCCUCUAAACAACUAAUGAUAUUUAUAAUAAAUGUUUUGCCUGUGGUUA